CGCGUCUACACAAGCUGCAUCCUAACUCCUUGCACCGUGCGCACAAUGGCUCACCACCUCCUGGCCGUGACCGCCGUCGUCGCCGUCGCCCUGCUCGUGCCCCGCACCGCGAGCUACCCGUGGACCUUUUGCGACGCGAGCAACAACUUCAAGGCCAACAGCAAGUACCAGGCCAAUCUCAACCUCGCCGCCGCCACGCUGCCCAAGAACGCCUCCACGUCCACGAACCUCUUCGCCACCGCCGUCGUCGGCGCCGCCCCGGAGCGACUCUGGGCCAUGGGGCUCUGCCGCGGCGAUGUCAACGCCAGCAACUGCUUCAGCUGCCUCACCCAGGCCUUCCAUGACCUGCCCAACGACUGCUCCUACAACAAGGACGCCACCAUCUACUACGACCCCUGCAUCCUCCAUUACUCCCACGUCCGCAUCCUCUCCGUCGAGGACAACGGCAUGUCGGCCGUCCCAUACACAUAUUCAUAUGGUGCAAAUGUCACGUCGGACACGGCCCGGUUCAACCGACUCGUGGCCGCCCUCAUCAACGCCACCGCCGACUACGCCGCAUACAACUCCACGCGGCGGUUCGCGUCCGGCGAGGCUGACUUCAACCAGGAGGUCCCCAAGGUGUACAGCCUGGCGCAGUGCACGCCAGACCAGACGCCGGCGCAGUGCCGGAAGUGCCUCGCCGGGAUUAUAGCGAAUAACCUGGAGGUCUUCCAGAACUAUACCGGAGGCCGGGUGUUUUGGGUCAACUGCAACUACCGGUACGAGACCGAGCCCUUCUUCAAUGGACCGGCGAUGGUGCAGCUCGCAUCACCGAGCCCUGCAGCGCCAGCACCGGCGCCGGCGCCGGCAGGAGGAGGUGAGCUAAAGCGAAGAAAGUACAGUGUGCCGGUCGUGGUUCCUGCUGUUGUCUUGCCUACUCUAGCAGCCUUGAACCUUGUCGCAUGCCUCUGUUUCUGGAGGCGGCGGCGGCCAGCAGCCCAAUCGAAGCAGCCAUAUCCCAUGUAUCCCACUGAAGCAGAGGACGUCGAAAUGGUUGACUCGAUGAUGAUCGACGUCUCCACCCUGCGAGCCGCAACCGGGAAUUUUGACGAGAGCAACAAGCUCGGCGAAGGAGGGUUUGGUGCGGUGUACAAGGGCGUCCUUCCGAACGGCGACGAGAUAGCGGUGAAGAGGCUGUCGAAGAGCUCGACGCAGGGAGUGGAGGAGCUGAAGAACGAGCUCGCGCUGGUGGCCAAGCUGAAGCACAAGAACCUCGUUAGUCUCGUCGGUGUCUGCCUUGAGCAGCAGGAGAGGCUGCUCGUCUACGAGUUCGUGCCCAAUCGGAGCCUCGACCUGAUCCUUUUCGGCACUGAUAAUGAGAAACGCGAGCAGCUGGACUGGGGACAGAGGUACAAGAUCAUAAAUGGCAUCGCUCGUGGCCUGCAGUACCUCCACGAAGACUCGCAGCUCAAAGUUGUGCUCCGUGAUCUCAAGGCCAGCAACAUCUUGCUAGACGCGAACAUGAACCCAAAGAUCUCGGACUUCGGCCUCGCGAGGAUCUUCGGCCGAGACCAGACGCAGGCCGUCACGAACCGCGUCGUCGGCACCUAUGGGUACAUGGCGCCGGAGUACGUGAUGCGUGGCAACUACUCCGUCAAAUCGGACGCAUUCAGCUUCGGCGUCAUGGUUCUGGAGAUCGUGACGGGGAGGAAGAACAACGACUGCUACAACUCCCUAAAGUCAGAGGAUCUCUUGACCACCGUAUGGGAGCAUUGGGAGGCCGGGACGGUCGCGGAGUUGGUAGACCCGAGCGUGAACGGCAGUUUCACGGAGGGCGACGUGCUGAGGUGCUUCCACGUAGGUCUGCUGUGCGUCCAGGGAGACCCGGAGGUCCGGCCGGUGAUGUCUUCGGUCUUGAUGAUGCUCGGCUCUGACACGAUCACCCUCCAGGCCCCGUCCAAGCCGGCGUUCUUCGCCAGGAACAGCGGCGCUAACACGGACGUGUCGACGGAGUCUGUGCAGGGUUAGCCAUGGGAAGCAGGAAAACUUUUAGUUGAUAGCACAUAGAGAAUGGGAUAUACUAAUGCGUGGCCCGUGUAUAUUUAACUCUGUACGGGUCAGUCACAAAAAGGCUAUGCGCAAUAAGUAUUUGCCGCAUUGCUUUCUCUCUUGUUGAACAACAAAUGAAUUCCCAUCUUUUUCUAUUAGCUUAAUCUUUCAAAGCUAA